AAUUGACAGCUGUAUGAAGAUGACUUUUGCAUAUGUAUAUUGGACGUGAAUCCGCUGAGUCAUGGGUAAGGCACUCUCUCAUAAUCCCCAAAUCUCAUUUUCCUUCAUUAGAUGCUACUCCUCCAUCAGUUGUAGCUGCAAUGUGUUCAAAAGUGCCAUUCCUUGGCAUUGCCAUAAAAAAAGCUACUGGCUGUGAUUCAUUCAACAUGCUGGUUAACAAUGGGAGCGCAGGGCAAGUUAUAUUUCAUACUCAUAUCCAUAUAAUUCCUCGCGAACCAUAUGAUUCCUUGUGGACGUCUGAGAGUUUGCAGAGGCGUCCCCUGAACUUGGAUGGGGAAGCUUCUCAGCUAGUUGCUAGGGUCCAAGAACAGUUGUUGCAAUCCAAAGACAAUCACGAUUAGUUCAUAGCAAAAAUCGAGAUUUUGGUUCAAGUAAAGAUUAGUUGGAUCACUGAGCUGUUGUUGUAACUUGAAACUUCCAAUUUGUCUGCAUAUUUUUUAUCAUCUGUACAGUCAAUCAUAUUUUUUACGAGAAAAUAGUUCUGAUGAGGGGAAUCUUUCAA